AUGUUACUCUCUUCCGAGCUUUCGGAGAUCACUGACAAGUUAUGCUCUGGCUCUUUCAAUGAAGCCGCACUGGGUGUAGCUAUGUUGGAUACUGUACUCCGGUCGCUUGUUCCGGCGAUCAAAAACUCACGGACUUCAGGGGCCCACGAUGCCCGCCUAGCAGAAUUCCUAGCUUGCCAGGACAGUUUUCAACUCAAUAUGGCGUCUGCGUUACUUUCUGCUUACACUACUCUUCUUGAGAGCGGAAACAGUACCUCAACAAUACUUGUGGCCAACAGGCUGUUGCAGGGGCUUUUGCUAAUCCAUCUGCCCUCCCGCAAUAUAUUCUCACGUAAGUGUGCCAUGCGAACUGUGCUCUCCUUCCUCGAGCCUAGCUAUCCACUGUAUCUGACAGAGGUCUGUGUAUCUGUCGUUUCGCUUUUAGUGCAUAUUUUACUUAAAAAACACGGCCAAUAUGAGAGUUUUCGAGGCUUGCGGCGGACCACUGCUUGUGAUUCGACAUCUUCAGUUAGACGGGCCCGACCCGUCGACUACAGAGCAGACUUUACGGUUUAA